UAUUAAUUUGGUUGGUCUAUAUUGUGUGCGACAGGCGAUGGGUUCUAUAGGUGGGUUGCGUGAGAACCUGAACAAAGGAGCCAAGAUUCCUUUUGUAACCACAGCUGCUCCUUCUAGAGACAUGGAAACGGCAGAGAGACUUGUGAAGCGUUUUACGAAUGGGAUGAGCAGUAACCGAUACUUCGAGAAUGACUAUCAGAACUUCGAAGCACUCAAACAUGAAAUCAACAGACGAGGCAACAGACAGAUGGAAAAGAUGAGACAGAUAGAACGAGCCCGUAAGCAGAACAGAGACAUCAACUCUCUCAAACAGCACAAGCUGGCCUGGAGGAACUACUACGAGCGACUGUGUCGCAAUGCGUCUCGUCUGGAGGAGGAAAUUUGGAAUGAGAUGUACGAGUCAGCAGACAAGGCAGAGUGGUGUGAGAGUGGAGAGGAGAGUGCAUUUGCUGAGUUGGUAGAAUACAAGAAGUUAGUGGGGGAGGACACGCGUGAGUUGAGACAGGACAUGUUGGCCAAUGUGAGUGAAUUGCGCAACGAAAUCGACCUCCUCUUCUACGAACAAAGCGGCGUGGAAGAUGAGAAGUUUGAGAUUUUGCAACUGAAGUUGGAGGGGUUGAAGGAGAUGAUGGAGGUGAUGGACAGUGAGCUGGUCGAAGAGGUCACACAUCUUGAAGUUGAUCUGAUGUGGCUCACAGAAUUUGAAGGCGACUCAGGACUGAAACAUGCGAAUCCAAGUCACGAGUUCGAAGGUGUUCCUCUUGACUUAUUGGUGGCAGAUUUUCCACGUGACAACUUAUGGAGCUCUCUUAUGGCAGAAGUUGUUUUGAUGGAUGAGAACUUCAAACAGCGUCUAAGAGAAUUGGACGUCGAAUACCUGCAUAUAAUUAGAAACGUGAACAACGACUGGUACAUAGAGGAUAGCAUGCUGUUCGACAUGAUCAGAGAACAGUACCAGGCUCACGAGGUGCAAAACAGCUACACGUUAUUCUUAGAUAGACUGAAACGACACUUUCCGAAGGCUAACCAAGAAUAUCUGUUAGCUCACGACAGAUGGUGUCGCGAAAAAAAAGCAUACAUAUGGAAAAAGUGUGGCAUACUGAAGACAUGGCAGCAGACAAAGCAGCAACUAGUUCUCAAGGUCACAGCUUUGCUAACCGAGGCAUCCCACAAGAGUGAUGAAAUGCAGAAGCUCAAUUUGGAGAAGGAAGCCCAGAUGAAAUACUGCAGACACCUAAUGGACAAGGUGAAUGCGUGGAAAGAGGCGAAAGCGGAAGAAGCGAGACUUGAAGAUGAACUAGCCGCUCUUCAGGCACAACGAGAGAGGCUGAAGACAGAUGAGAAACUGAAGAGAGAAAAGUCCACUAGGAUGCAACAGAAGCACGAGAUCCAACACUUCAGAAAUGCGAAGAAGUUGAUGAGUGAGGAAGCGGAGAGGAUGAAAGUGAUGAAGUUGAGGGAGAUCCAAGAACAACUGGCCAAUCAAGCUGCAUUAGACCAGGAGAGAAUCGAGUAUCGGAAGAAAGAGCGAGAAAAGAAGCUGGAACGGAUGGCUGCUCAGAACAAGAGGAGAGAAGAGGAGAAGGAGAGAGUGGAGAGGAAGUUGGAGGAGUUGAGGAGUCAAGUGAGGGUGGAGGCUCAGCGAGACCCAGAGAGGACUGUCCAACCCACUGUGGCUUCCGAUGCCAGAUUCGCUCAUCUCAAUGGCGGCGCCCACUCGGAGACUGCAUACGAACCGCUAAAUGCCCAGUUGUUUUCAGUUAACACUUUCAACAAUAAACAACUGAAGAAAGACAACCGAGUGCAGGUGGAGAAUGCAUUGCGGCAGGCGGGUCUGCUGCACACGGACUAUGCCAGAAGUGUCAUCCAGAGCAUGCAGCCUCCGAAGCCACCCAGAAAAGACACCUUCUCAAACAUCAAAUUCACUCAAGAUGGAGUGAUAUGAUGUGACUAUUCUAGUAAAAACUAAGUUGUAUGUGGCUAACAGAAUUCGUCUUACUGAAAAAUUGACACAUUUGUCCUUUUCUUCCGUUAAUU